AUGUCUGGGAGAAAACUAGCUGCUGCAAAGAGCCAGACCCAGCUACUGGUGGUGAAGGGUCUGGAGGAUGUGGAGGUGUGUGAGAGCGAGGGUUGCUCCUUCGAGGUGACCCUCAACCUGUCCUACAUAGAUGGCACGUGGACCAAGGACGGGGUCAAGCUCAAGUCCAAGCCUACUUGUCGCAUCACUACACAUCGGAAUAAACACACUCUCACCUUCACCCGGGUCACCUUAGGAGACACUGGCCUGUUCUCCUUCCAGACUGAUGGUGCCCAAAGCUGUAUUCAAACCUCAGGUCAACUCAUUGUCAUAGCCAGAGACAUCCAGAUCGUGAAGGAAUUGGAAGAUGAGGAAGUGACUGAGAGGCAGAGUGUGACCUUCCAAUGCGAGGUCAACUAUGAGAAUGUGGACGGGCGCUGGUACAGAGACAACACCAGGAUCAAACACGGAGACAACGUCAAGAUCAGACAUGAGGGUCAAACUCACACCAUGUGCUUCAAAUCUGUAAGGCCAGCAAAUGCUGGGGAGAUCAAGUUCACUGCAGACAGGGUCUCGUCCUAUGCAAUUCUCACAGUAAAAGAGCUGCCUGUGCAGAUAGUAAAGCCUCUGAGAGUGAAGAUUGCUAUGUACAAACACAAAGGCCUGCUGGAGUGCCAAGUGUCGCGGGCCAACGCCCAGGUCAGGUGGUUCAAGAACAGGAAUGAGAUCCAGCCCAGCCAGAAGCACCAGAUCGUCAGCGAUGACAUCUACAGGCAGCUCCACAUCGACGACGUGGCCUCAUCUGAUGAGGACACCUACACCUGUGAUGCUGGUGAUGACAAGACAUCCUGUCAGCUGUUAGUGGAGGAGCAGGCUAUCAGCAUAGUGCGGGGACUGAGGUCCCUGGAGGUUACAGAGCCCAGGGAGGCCCUGUUCCAGGUGGAGAUCAGCCUGCGGGUGGGGAGACCUCCCAAGUGGACCCUGGAUGGAGAGGUCCUGAUGGAGGGGCCUAGAGUGAGCAUAGACCGGGAAGGGACCAUGCACACCCUCUGCUUCAGCAGCACAGACAGCUCUAUGACAGGCCCCGUGCAGUUCAACGCCGGGAAGAGCCGCUCUGCCGCACAGCUCACUGUGAAGGAGCGCCCUCUAAAGGUGGUCCAGCCCAUGCCAGACGUGGAGGCUAAAGAGAACAGCUCAGUCACACUGAGCUGUCAAUUUGCCCCCUCCCCCAGGGUGGUACGCUGGUACAGGGGCCGCACCGCCCUGCAGACGUCCAGCAAGUACAGCAUGAGGACGGAGAAGAGCCAGGCAGAGCUGACCAUCCAGGGUCUCAAGGAGACCGACACCGGCCAGUACAGCUGCAUGGCUGGAGGGUCAAAGAGCACGGCUAAGGUCACUGUGGAGGUGCGAAGGCUAAAGAUCAUAAGGCACCUGGAGCACGUGGAAGUGGAGGAGGAUAGUAACGCCACGUUCACCUGUGAGCUCAACUAUGUGGUCGCCAAUGUGCAGUGGCUCCUGAACGACAACCGUCUUAACGCCACCUCCGUCACCAGGAUCCAAAACAUGGGCACCAUCCACAGCCUCACCAUCAAAAUGCUCCGCCCCCAGGAUAGCAGAGUCACGUUCCAAGCCGGCCUGCUCACCGAGUCCACCUCCCUCAAGGUCAAAGAAAAGCCAGCGGUGUUCCUGAGGUCUCUAGAAGACAUGUCAGGGGAGGAGGAGGGGAAGGUGUGUCUGCAGUGUGAGACCUCUAAGGAAAUGGUCACCCCCAUCUGGAGGAAGGAUGGUACGGUCCUGGCCAGCAGUGACAAACAUGAGCUGCUCAAGUUUGGGAAGUCCUUAGCGCUCAUCAUCCACAGUCUGAGUAAGGAUGAUGCAGGCCACUAUAGCUGUGACCUGGGCACCAGCCAGACCAAGGCCAAGGUCACAAUACAUGACCUUCACAUCACCAUUGCCCAGCGUAUGAAGACGGCCUCUGUUCUGGAGGGCGAGAGCUGCAGUUUCGAGUGCGUCCUCUCUCAUGAUGUCAUCGACGAGUCCUCCUGGACCCUGAACGGUCAACUUGUGGUCAGCAACAGCCGCAUCCAGAGCGUAAACAAGGGCCGCAAGUACAAGAUGACAAUCAGAGAUGCAACCUUGACUGACGCCGGGGACGUUGUCUUCUUCAUCAAAGACCUCAGCUGCAGGACCAUGCUAUUUGUCAAAGAGAAGCCAGUGCAUGUGUUCAGGGACAUGACGAACGUCAAAGCCACCCCAGGGGAGGAUGCUGAGCUGAGCUGUGAGAUCACCAAGCCUGAGGCCUUCAUACGCUGGCUGAAGAACGGCCAUCAGAUCAGGCACAGCCCCCCCAAGUACGAGAUCAGUGUGGAGGACCACCUGGUACGGCUGGUGAUCACAAACACCUGCAUCAGAGACUCUGGAGAGUACUGCUGUGAGGCAGAUGGAAUUGCCACCCGUGCCAAGCUGGAGGUCAGAGAGCUGCAGCACAUGUUUGCACGUGAGCUGCGGGAGGCACGGGCCGAGGAGAAGAGCAAGGUGACGCUGGAGUGCGAGACGAGGUUGCCGGCCAAGCGGGUGACCUGGUUGAAGGGCAUGGCGAAGCUCCGGGCGGGCAAGAAGUAUGUGAUGAAGCAGAAGGGCGUGGCCCUCUCCCUCACAAUCAGCUGCCUGGACAAGGGUGACACGGAUGUGUACAUCUGCGACGUUGGCACCAUGCAGAGCCGGGCGCUACUGACCGUACAUGGUCAGAAGGUUUUGAUCAUGGAUGAGUUGGAGGACGUUGAGUGUCUGGAGAAUGACACGGUGAUGUUCAGGUGCCGUAUCUGUCCCAGCGACUAUGUUGGGGUCAAGUGGUACCUGGAUGAGACCUUACUGUACACCAACAAGCUGAAUGAGAUCCAGGUGGUCCCGGGGGGAUACCACAGUUUAACCUUCAAACAGCUGGCCCAUAAAGACUCGGGCACCAUCUCCUUCGAGGCAGGUGACAAGAGGUCCUACGCCUCAUUGCUUGUUAGAGAGAGACGUCCCACCAUUACCAAAGCAUUGGAGGACUGUGAGGCCAUUGAGGGAGGCGGUUUGGUGCUGGUGUGUAUCACCUCUAAGCCAUGCCACAUUCUGUGGUACAAAGAUGGCUGCCUAAUGUGGAGCUCCUCGAGGUACUACGUCAGUCGCUCAGGUAAUGAGGCCAGGCUGACAAUCAGGGAGGUCAGUAACAGCGAUGCUGGGGUGUACGAGUGCAGCGCUGGAUCUGUCAGCACCAAGGCCGUCGUCACUGUGAAAGCCAUCCCAGCUGAGUUUACCCAGCAGCUGCAGAGCAUGGAGGUGAAGGAGGGGGAGGAUGUGACCCUGUCCUGUCAGUUCUCCCUGCCGGGGGUUGCGUUCCACUGGAGGAGGGGCUUGGAGAACCUCAGGGCUGGAGAGAGGUACCUGAUAAAGCAGAAGAAGUCCCUCAUCUCUCUGACCAUCACCGGCCCGAAGCCAGAAGACUCAGGAGACUACACUUGUCAGUGUCGAGACCACAGAACCACAGCCACCCUCACAGUCCACGCUAUCCCCAUAUCCUUCAAACAACAGUUGAAGAAUGUUCAGGCUGAGGAGGGCAACAGUUUCACAUUGCGCUGUGAGCUCUCCAAACCAGGAGUCCCUGUAGAGUGGAAGAAAGGAGAGGAGCCGGUGAGGCAUGGAAUGAAGUUUCAGAUAAGGAAGAGGGAGACCAUAUCGGAGCUUCAGAUAUGGAAAGCUGUGCCAGAAGACAGUGGAGUCUACAGCUGCCAGUGUGCAGACCAAAAGACCACGGCCACUGUCAAAAUCAGCGCCCUGCCCGUUACCUUCAAAAAAAAGCUGAGGAACGCACAGGUUGAGGAGGGGAACAAUUUGGUGUUACACUGUGAGCUCUCUAAACCAGGAGUCCCUGUAGAAUGGAUGAUGGGAGGAGAGGAGCUGCUGAACAAUGGAGAGAAGUUUCAGAUAAAGCAGAGAGAGUUGGUGAAUGAACUGAAGAUUCUGGAUGCGAAACCUGAAGACAGCAAUAUCUACACCUGCGUUUGUGGCAAUGUGGAGACCACAGCCGGUGUUACUGUCACGGCAAUUCCAGUCACUUUCAAGCAAAAGCUGAGGAAUCUGCAGACUGAGGAAGGGAUCACCAUCAGCCUGCACUGUGAGCUGUCUAAAUCAGGGGUCCCUGUGGAGUGGAGGCUGGGAGGACAGAUGAUACUGCAAAAUGGAGACAAGUAUCAGAUGAAGCAGAGAGGCUUGGCACUGGAGCUCAUCAUCAGGGAGGCUCUGCCUGAGGACAGUGGAGUCUACAGCUGUGUGUGUCGAGAUCAGAAGACAAAGGCCACAGUCAAAGUCCUUGCUGUACCCGCCACCUUCAGAGUGGGUCUGAAGAACCAGGAUGCCCCAGAGAAGGGCAACGUGACCCUGCGCUGUGAACUGUCUAAGUCUGGCGUCCCGGUGGAGUGGUGGAGGGGGGAGACAGAACUGUCCCAGGACCUGUCAGGGGGAAAGUACCAGAUCAAAUUGGAGGGGAGGAUCGCUGAGAUGACCAUUACCAACGUGCAACCGGAGGACAUAGGAAAAUACAGCUGUGUCACUGGAGACCAGAAGACCACCGCUGUAGUUAAAGUGCAAGCUCUCCCUGUGACGUUCAAGCGCCAGCUCCAGAACGCGAUGAUCAAAGAGGGGGACAGUGGGGAGUUCUGGUGUGAGCUCUCCAAGCCUGGAGCCCCAGUGGACUGGAGGAAGGGGAGAGUCAUCCUGAAGUCUGGAGAUAAAUAUGAGAUGAAGCAGGAGGGACGCAUCACUAAACUGCUCAUCCAUAACGUGGAGGAGAGUGACGCUGGGAAAUACACCUGCAAGACUAAAGACGCCCAGUCAACUGCUGAGCUGACCGUGAAGGGCCUACCCCCCACUUUCAAAGAACAGCUGAGGAACAUGGAAGUUGAGGAGGGUAAGACUGUGACACUACGCUGUGAGCUGUCAAAACCUGCAGCCUCAGUUGAGUGGAAGAGGGGAGCAGAGCUGUUGAAGAAUGUAGACAAGUGCCAGAUAAGGAAGAAAGAUUUACUGGUGGAAUUGAAGAUUAUCGAUGCGAAUCUGGAAGACAGUGGCGUUUACGCCUUUCGCCCCGUCACAUUUAUAGAAGAGCUGAGGAACUUUCAGGUUGAGGAGGGCAACAAUGUGACGUUGCGCUGCGAGCUCUCUAAACCAGGGAUGUUGGUAGAAUGGAUGAGAGGAACAGAUCUGCUGCAGAACGGAGAGAAGUACCAGAUGAAGCAGAAAAACGCAACCUUGGAGCUGAUCAUCAGGAAAACCUUACCUGAAGACAGUGGAGUCUACAGCUGCGUGUUGGAAGACCAGAAAACGUUUUCCACCAUCAGUAUCACUGCCGUCCCAGUCACUUUCAAGCAGAAACUAAAGAACCAAGAGGCUCCGGAGGAGGGUAACGUGACGUUGCGCUGCGAGCUGUCUAAAUCGGGAGUCUCUGUGGAAUGGCUGAAGGGAGAGGAGCUACUGAGGGAAGGGAAGAGGUACCAGAUGAAACAGGAGGGGAGGACUGCUGAGAUGGUCAUCAGGAACGUGGUGCUGCAGGACGCUGGGGAGUAUAGCUGUGUCACCGCCUGCAAUGUUAGGACAGCAGCUGACAUCAAAGUUAGGGCCCUCCCUGUAACAUUCACACAAGAGGUCCAGAACGCGAUGAUCAAAGAGGGGGACAGUGGGAAGUUAUUUUGUGAGCUCUCCAAGCCUGGAGCCCCAGUAGACUGGAGGAAGGGGAGAGUCAUCCUGAAGUCUGGAGACAAAUAUGAGAUGAAGCAGGAGGGACGCAUCACUAAACUGCUCAUUCAUAACGUGGAGGAGAGUGACGCUGGGAAAUACACCUGCAAGACUAAAGACGCCCAGUCAACUGCUGAGCUGACCGUGAAGGCUCCUCCCAUCACGUUCAAGGUGAAGUUGAAGAACCAGGAAGUCGAGGAGGAGAACAGUGUGACGUUAUUCUGCGAGCUCUCUAAACCAGGACUGACGGCAGAGUGGAGGAAGGGAGAGGAGCUGCUGAAGAAUGGAGUGAGGUACCAGAUAAGGAAGAGAGAGGCAACGAUGGAACUGACCAUCAGGAAAGCAGUGCUCGAGGACACCGGAUUCUACAGCUGUGUUUACGCAGAAGCCAAAACCACUGCCACUGUCAACAUCACUGCCAUACCUGUCACCUUCAAAAUGGGUCUUAAGAACCAGGAGGCUCCAGAGGGGGGCAUCGUGAACCUGCGCUGUGAGCUGUCUAAGGCUGGAGUCCCGGUGGAGUGGUGGAAAGGCAAGGAGGAGGUGAGCCCUGGAGGAAGGUACCAGAUGAAGCUGGAGAGAAAGGUAGCGGAGAUGCACAUCAGGAACAUCCAACCGGAGGACGUGGGGGAGUACAGCUGUAUAUUCGGAGAUCAGAAGACCACUGCUGAAGUCAACGUGAGAGCUGCUGCAUCAGUCUUCUUUGAGAAGGAGCUAGAGAGCAAGGUGGUGAUGGAGGGGACGUCAGUGGUCCUCUACUGUGAGGUCUCCAGCGUUACGGUCCCUGUCACCUGGAGGAAGGAAGCCUGCCUGGUCACAGACGGGGAGAGGUUCACUUUGAAGAAGAAAGGCCCUGUUCACACCCUGGAGAUCAGGAAGUUGAGUCUGGAGGACGCCGGGGAGUACAGCUGCAUCACCAGGGGAAAGAAGACCACAGCCAUGCUAGUUGUGAAAGAGCGUGUGAUGAUCUUGUCAGGACUGAAGGACAUGAAGAUCAUGGCCGGGCAGGAUGCAGUGUUUGUGUGCGAGCUGUCCCACAAGGAGGUAAGCGAGGGCGAGUGGUGGCUGGGCUCCAGCCUCCUGCAGAAGAAUGAAAUGAACCAGAUGAGCUGCCUGGGCCACCAGCACCGCCUGGUCCUGACCAUGACCACGCCGGAGGAGACCGGGACCGUGGCUUUCGUGGUCGGGGAGGAAAAGACCUCCGCCCAAUUGCUGGUGCUCCCCAAACCCAAAGUACUCAUUGAGAAGAAGCUUGGGGACAUCGUCAUCAUGGAAGGGGAGACGGCCACUUUAUCCUGUACGACCUCUGACCUGUUUAGCCCUGUCACAUGGAGAAGGAACAGGAUGCCCCUCCUGAACGGAGAUAAGUAUGAGACUCGUAAGGAGGGCAAGCUCAACCUGCUGCUCAUCCAUGACACGGGACCAGGGGACUCUGGGAUAUACUCCUGUGACACUGGUGACAUGCAGAGCAGCGCCAAUCUGACUGUCAAUGAGCUGCCUCCAUACUUUGAGGAGGAGCUGCAGGCUGUGGAGGCUGAGGAGGGGGGCACUGCCUUCCUAUCCUGUGAGCUGUCUAAGCAUGCGGUCCCAGUCCAGUGGAGGAAGGGCCGGCUACCUCUCAGGCCCAACAGGAAGUACAAGAUGAGGCAGGACGGCUGUGUGUUUCAGCUACACAUCCUGGAGCUGAAGAAGGAAGACAGUGGCAGCUACACGUGCCAGGCAGGUGGUGUGGAGACCACCACCUCUGUGGCAGUAAAGCCUCCCUCAGACAAGACAGAUCCUCCCAAGACAAUUCCUCCCACAAAGGCUGCCUCUCCCACUACUCCACCAGAAGAGGCCCGACCUGGCCCUCCAGAGCCAAAGAAACGGGGCAUGACCCGGUCAUCCAUUGUGGAGUCAGAGGAAGACCUGGAGCUUGAGGAAAAAGAGACAGUGGUAAACCCACAUAAGAAACAGUCAUUAAGGUCUUUGGGUAAGGAGACUAAGGUAGACCAGCAGGAGAAACAGAAAGUGAAACAGCCAGUAGGUAUGGUGAAGGAUGCCAUAGCAGAAAAGACCCAGAAACAGCUAGUACCACCACUGAGGUCUAAAGGGAAGGAGGCAACUAUGGUGAAGGAUUCACAGAUGGACCAGAGCGAGAUAAAGCCAGUGAAACAGCCAGUCAGAGCUAUAGUGACGGACACAGAGGAGAAAAAGUCUAUGGUGAAGAAGACUGAAAUAGACACGAGGGAGAAAAAGAUAUUGAAAGAGAUUGGAGUAGACCAGGUGGUGAAACAGCCAGUUCCACCAGCGACACGAGCAUCUGUUGUUUCAGUUUCAGAUGCUGGGGUAGACGAGGACAAACAGACAGUGAAGUUUAUGGUGAAGGAGACAGAGGUAGACCAGAGGGACAAACAGCCAGCAAGGUCUACAGUACAGGAGAUGGAAAAACACAAGAUUGCGGUGGAUGGUAACCAAGUCCAUAUCUCAGAGGAUGAGUCCUCCACUGAGGCCUCCACCCAGGUAAGAGUCAACCAGAAGACCAGCAAGCCUGUAGUUGCUGUAGCUGGAGUUCCCAAGGGGCUCCCGAUGACUAAGCAAGUUGACGAGACUGAACCUGACAUGGAAAUCAGUGUAGAGGACGAACCUGAGAUGCUGGAUGCCGCCAUCAAGAUCCAGGCAGCUUUCAAGGGAUACAAGACCCGCAAAGACAUGCGGCCAAUCUUCAAGCAGGUGUUCAAGAACCAGAACGUUGAGACCAACGGUACCAUCCAGCUAGCGUGCAUGGUGGAAGGGAAGUCCAACGCAGUACGCUGGCUGAAGAACGGCCAGCAGAUCAUAGGAGACCAACGCCACCGCAUGAGCACCUCUGAGGAGGGCGUCUGCACACUGGUGAUCAUCAACAUGUCAGCCAUAGACACUGGGGUCUAUACAUGUGAGGUGGUGAACAAGUUUGGUGUGACCUCAUAUAAUGGCAACAUUACUGUGGGUCAACCUCAAAAGCCUCCAUCCUACACCCAGAGGCCUGCAGCCCCAGCACAGCCCUCCACCCCUUCUGUGCACCCAGUCCUGGCCUCUGUUGGCCCUCUUCAGCCAACCCAGACCUCCACCUCUGGGAAGGAGACUAUGGGUUCUGUGGAGAGUGAGGGUAUCUCCCUGUGGCAGGCCUACAACCUGACCGAGGGGGAUCCCCGUAAUACCCUGCAGGAGAGGAGGAGGGCCUCACUCAUCUCCGCCAGCUCUAUGUCUAGUCCCUCAGACUACGACACAGCUCCAGAUUUCAUAGAGCCUGUUGACAUCAUCCCCAAAGAUCCCUGCAGGGUAAAGGAAGCCAUUAAGUCAGAGGACCAGUUAUCCCAUAAGGAUAAAGAACAGAAAGUCACACCUCAACCACCAAAGAGACAUUUGAAGGUCAAAGCUACUGAUGCCAAGCUGAGGACUCUGUCCCCGAAACACCACACGCAUGCUGCUCUCACAGGUUCUGGCUCAGAGUCAGAUGGUGACGAGGACAGAAGAGAGACAUUUGAUAUCUAUGUGGCCAGAGCUAACUGCACCUCUCAACAAGGUGGCAACAAGGAGACCUUUGUGUUGAAGGAGGGCCAGUACGUGGAGGUCUUGGACUCUGUCCACCCUGAGAAGUGGCUGGUCCGUACCAAACCCUCCAAAAACAGCCCCUCACGCCAAGGAUGGGUCUCCCCUGCAUACCUGGAGAAGAAGAGAAAGGAGACAUUCCCACAAGUGAGGACACCACAACAGGAGAUGGAUGGAUCAGGUUCUACAGAGGAAGAGUACAGAAGAACAUUAAGCCAAUUGAUCCAGGGGCUGAUUGAUGGGGAGGAAGAGUUUGUGAAGGAGAUGAAGGACUUUACAUCCCACUACCUGCACCACUUAGACACUAGCCCUCAUGUCCCCAUCAACAUCAUCAACCAGAAAGAAACUAUCUUCCGCAAUAUCAAGGACAUCAUGGCUUUACACGAGAGGUCUAUUCUGCCCAGGCUGAGCGAGUGUUCUACUGAUGAUGACGUGGCCAUGCACCUGGUCAAACACGCAGAGGACUUUCAGAAGUAUCUGCAGUACAUGAUGGGCCAAACACAGGCAGAGGCCUGUGUCACUGACAAGACCAUCCAGCAGUACUUCAAGGCCUUUGUGUUCCAGCAAAACACGAGAACAGAGCCUGAGCACCCCGAAACUGCAGUGCUGGAUGUCAUCACCUUCUUACAGAGACCAGCGGAGAGGAUUCAGACCUACCAGGCCUUGCUCAAGGAGCUGAUCAAGAACAAAGCUAAGUGUGGGAAAAGCUGCUGUCUGCUGGAGGAUGCAUUCUCCAUGGUGUCCUGUCUGCCCUGGCGUUCUGACAACCUGCACCAGGUGUCUCUGAUUGAGAACUACCCUGCCCCACUCACUGCACUGGGAGAACCCGUCCGCCAGGGUCCCUUCACUGUGUGGGAGGAGUCUCCUGAGAUCAAGACGUCCUCCCGGGGACACCAGAGGCAGGUGUUUCUCUUUAAGGACUGUGUCCUCCUCUGUAAGUUCAAGAGAGACCCCGGCAUGAACUCUGACACCUACGCCUUCAAGAACAAGAUGAAGCUGAAUGAUGUGGAGGUGAAGGAGAUGGUGGGGGGAGAUGAGAAGUCCUGGGAGCUGUGGCACAAGCACCGCGGCUCAGUGAGGAGGUACACACUGCAGGGUCAUUCCACUUUGCUCAAGCUGUCCUGGCUCAAAGACCUGAGAGAGCUGCAGCAACGCUCCAGCCUGACUGCUUCUAGUCCACCAGAGUUCAAAGUUCUCCUGGCUGACUGCACAACAAAGAUCGGGCAGACAAUCAAAUUGGCAUGCAAAGUCACAGGAACACCCAAACCAGUGGUCAGCUGGUUCAAAGACGGCCUGGUCCUAGAGGACGGCCCUCACCACAUCAUCACUGCAGACCGGACAGGAACCUGCUGUCUCAUCCUGGACGCAGUCACUCCCAAGGACUCUGGACAGUACGUGUGCUAUGCCUCCAGCCCCGUGGGUCAUGCUAGCACACUGGCCAAGAUGGUGGUGGACGCACCCCCCAGGUUCAUUACUAGGCUGCAGAGUGCAUGUCUGCUGGAGGGAGAGGAAGUCCAGUUAACCUGCUCCACGCACAGCACACCUCUACCCCAAGUCAGGUGGUUUAAGGAUGCCAGAGAGCUGACAGACCAGAGGAAGUACCACAUAGAGAGUGACGCCCGCAGUGGGAUCCUCACUCUCACCAUAAUGAACCCUGGAGAGAUAGACCUGGGACGGUAUGAGUGUGAGCUGUGGAACCAGUUGGGCAGUGCCAAGAGUAAAGCAGAGCUGUGCGCCGCCUUCACACAAGUGAUUGACAGUGAGCCUGCCCAACCACAGGUCCUCUUGACCAAAGACUCAGAUGGCUGGUCCACUGCCAUGGUGAAGCAAUGGCUGCAGACAGACUUCAGCCCCACAUCUAUCGUCAAAAUGCUCUUCCAGCCUGGAUAUGCUAAGCCAGCUGAGAGUGGCCCAGAGGAAAGGGACCCCACCGCCAGAGGCCACGUGGAGGUGCCACAGUUCCCCAAUGAUCUUGAGGAGAGACCCGAGGUUGAGGAGGAACUUUAUGUCCCUGAGACCAUACAGGAAAUGCCAGCAGCUCCUCCCUCCAUUCAGGUGCCGGCAGAGGACCUGUGUGUGGAGUCUGGCCAAUCAGCUACCUUCACCAUCAUCAUCACAGGAAGGCCAACCCCCGAGAUUCAGUGGUACAAGAAGCCGGAUGUGGAGCUGUUGGCCAAUGAGAAUGUGGAGGUGGUCCAGAAUGGUGCCCGCUGCUCUCUGACUGUGCUGUACCCGGAGAGCGAGGAUGGUGGCAUCUACACCUGCUGGGCCUAUAACGACUCCGGACACACAUCCUGUCAGGCUCAGCUCACAGUGGAGGAGGGUCCACUGGAGUUGCAGGAGAGGGAGGUGGAGCUUGGGAAGAGGAGGAAGCUGCUCUCUGUGUAUGACGUCCAUGAGGAGAUAGGGAGAGGCACAUAUGGGGUGGUGAAGCGGGUUACCCACAGGAGGACUGGCGAGGGCUUUGCCGCCAAGUUCCUGCCCCUGAGAUGCAGUACGAGGACCAGGGCCUUCCAGGAGAGAGACCUGCUCUCCCGGUUGGCCCACCCCAGGGUGUCCUGUCUGCUGGACUUCUUCUCUACACGCAGGACCUUGGUCCUGGUCACUGAAGCCUGCUCUUCUUAUGGUCUUCUUGAUCAUCUACUGUUGAAGGGAUCGGUCAGUGAGAGAGAGGUGCAGAUGUACGUUCAGCAAAUCCUGGAGGGAGUUGGUCACAUCCACAGCAUGAAAAUUCUUCAUCUGGACAUCAAACCGGACAAUAUCCUGAUGGUGUUUCCACCCAGAGAGGAGAUCAAGAUCUGUGACUUUGGCUUCUGUCAAGAGAUGGACACUUCCAGACACCAGUACAGCCAGUUUGGCACUCCAGAGUUUGUAGCCCCUGAGAUCAUACAUCAAGACCCUGUCACUAUAGCAAGUGACAUCUGGUCCAUUGGUGUUGUGGCGUAUUUAUGUCUGAUGUGCCGCUGUCCGUUCGUGGGGGAGACGGACCGGGCCACUCUGCUGAGGGUGGGGGAGGGGACACUGAACUGGGACGCACCUGACCUCACCUACAGGAGCACAGAGGCCCAGGACUUCCUCCGCACGGUCCUGCAGCCAGACCCAGAAAAGCGACCAACUGCAUUUGAGUGUCUGGGGCAUGAAUGGUUCCAGGUAAGAAGCGAGGAUGAAACUGAUGACAUCAACACAAGGGCUCUGAAAGUCUUUAUCUCAAGGAGGAAAUGGCAGCGUUCUCUGACCUGCCUGGGCUCGGUCCUCACCCUGAGGCCCAUCCCAGAGCUGCUCGAUGCCCCUCCUCGGGAGACCUCUGUCACAGCCCCGCGGGACCCCCACGAGCCCAGCAGCACCUCAAUGAGCAGUGGCUCUUCCUCGGAGUAUGACGAGGCCGACGCCUGGGACUUCUUCCACCACUGCACCACCACAGAGGAGGAUGAAGAUGAGGAGGAGGAAGACUUCGACCUCCUCAUGGAGAGAGCCAGGAUCCCUGAGCCCUUUGCCAAGCUUAAAUUGGACGAAGAGGAGGAGGAGGGGAUCAUGGAGGAAGAGGAGAUGGGAGGACAGAGAACCGUGCUAGAAAGGAGCAUAAGCAGGCAGUCCGUAGGGAGGGUCAGCCGAGACAGCAGCCCAUCCUUGUACUUCUCCGAGGGGGAUGACAGCUCCAUGUCCGGGAGUGAAGGAGGGCGCAUCGCCAGGAGCAGCCUGAUCCACAGCACCUUCUACGACAGCUCCGCGCAGCUCUCGCCCAUGUCCGCCCGCCACAUGACCCUCAGGGACAAGUUCCAGGCCAAAAAGCAGGAGAGGGGCCGCAAGCCGCACCGCAGCAGCCUCUCUAGCCGCCUUAACGAGCCGCUCAUUGAGUACAUGGAGGACGAGGGAGAUACCAAUCACGGGCAAAGGCGAGGGUCUUUGCAGUCGUCCAUGCUCAAGUCUUGCUCCUUCGACAGCGGGGUCGGCCUCUCGCACAAUGCACCCCCGCACAGGAGGAGCAGGUCGUUGGACGACUACUCCCGACGCUCACCAGGAUCCGCCAAAUGCAGAGAAGAGGAAGAUGCUUUGAGUCUUAAGGAGGAUUUCACUGAUGAAGAGGAGGAUAAGAGCUUAGUCGUUGCCCCUCCCCAGAUCAAAGGUAGAAGAGGUUCAGUGGCAGUGGCUCCCGCAGUGCUUACAGCCAGGCUUCAGAAACUGGGUGCAAAAUUGCCCCAUGCUGGUCCAGAGAAGAGCCCUAGGCCAGAGCAGGGGAGACCAGGGGAGGAGGAAGGGGAGAACCUGGCUGGCUCGCAGGGCUCCCUGGCUGAGUCCUUCAUCCUCGAGCAUGGCUCUGAGGCCUCCAGCAGGCUGGGCUCCUGUGAGGAUAUGUCCCACGGCCGCCCUUUAGCCAAACAUAGAGGGAGAGCAGGGGAUGAGUAUGAUGACCAAGAGGAGCCCCUGAUCACCCCGUCCCCCUGCUCCCUGCUCCAGGCAUCUGAGGUUGAGGAUGCUGAGCAGGAGCCCCAGCGCCGGAGAGGCCAACUUCAGAUCCCACCGAGAAGGACAACACACCCCAACCAGAACCCAACGGACAGAAAUAAGGGUCUGGUAGAGAGGAAGGUCCUGCCGGUGAAACCCAGCCCCAGUCUGUCCAUCAAGGCCCCAGAGAGGCCCCCAAGGGCCAGCGACACAAAGGCACGACUCCAGAGGCAUGCGUCCACACCGGCCCUCGAGGCCAAACCUCCCAUGGGGAAGUCUCCUAGGAUGUCACCCAAAGUUGGGUUAAUGAAUCUGUUCCGCAGGCAGUCCUGGGCAGGGCAUUCCUACUCCCAAUUGGAGGGCGCGGAGCAGGGACCCACACUAGAGGAAUUGGAGCCCAAAACCCCCACCAUGUCACUAAAGAAAAAGAUGAGGGCAUCAGCCUCUAGCCUCACCAAGCUGUUCACUAAAUCGUCCAGCAAGGAGGACUUAACGAAGGGAGGGCCGAUUGUAAAGGGUUCAUUUCCUGUUCCGCCUGAGCAAGAGGCAAGCCCUGGCUUGGAGAGCCCAAAAAAUAAAUCCAAGUUCUUCUCCUUCAAAAUACCUAAAAUACCUGCAUUCAAAAAGAACAAAGAAAUGCCUAUCCGCCCCACCAGGCCUGAUGUGCACCAGUUGGAGGCAGGUGGAUUUCUGCUGGUAUGGAGACCAGUGCAGUCCAGCGACCCAGUUGUUUACGGUGUUCAGUACAGCACAGAUGGUGUGGAGUGGAAGCUCCUGUCGGAGGAGGUGACAGACAGUUGCUACGUGGUGAAGGACUUACCCAGAGGAGCAGGAUACGUGUUCAGGGUUGGCUGCAUCAUCAAGACAGGCACAGGACCUUUUAGUGACCCUUCUCCACCUGUUGUUAUGGCAACCCAUCCUGCAGAGACCCACAUUCCCCUCAUCCAGACAGAGUCCCCAGGUUCAAAGGGCAGUAGGUCAGGAGGUCAACCUAGCCACAAGACCUACAGCUUCCUCUCGGAGAUCAACAGGGGCCGUUUCAGCGUGGUGACCCAGUGUCAGGACAGCCAGAGCCAGCAACUGUUUGCUGCUAAGAUCACCCCCUGCAGGCCAGAGAAGAGACAGCUGGUGCUCAGAGAGUACCAGCUGCUGAAGAGGCUCAACCACCCCCACCUGGUGCAGCUGCACACAGCGUACAUAACCCCUUACUACCUGGUGCUCAUCCAAGAGCUGUGUGCCGGCAGAGAGCUGCUCUACAACCUGGCUGAGAGAGACCUGUAUUCUGAGCUCCAUGUAGCAGAGUUGCUGGCUCAGAUCCUGAGUGCUGUGGACUACCUGCACGGCCGCCGCGUUGUCCACUUGGACCUCAAGUCAGACAACAUGCUAGUGACAGACUGCAACACGCUGAAAAUCGUUGACCUGGGCUCCGCUCAGUCCUUCACACCCGGACAGACACUCAACAUAGAGCAUAUUCAGGGACAAGAGAAAGUUUACAUUGUCCUUCCUAAAGCUCCGGAAAUCCUUGACGGACAAGGAGUCGGACCUGAGACCGACAUCUGGGCUAUUGGGGUGUUAGCUUUUAUAAUGUUGAGUGCAGAUAGCCCGUUCCAUUCAGACCUCAACUGGGAGAGGGACAGAAACAUCCGGAAGGGGAAGAUCCAGUUUGGCCGAUGCUACCCUGGCCUGUCAGAGGCAGCAAUCACCUUCAUGAAGAACACACUGAGCAACAAGGCCUGGGCCAGACCCUCAGCGGCUGAGUGCCUCCAGAUCCCGUGGGUACGGGGUGAGCGGGCCCCCUCCAAACACAGAGACUCCAUCUUGUGUUUCUCCACCGACAAGCUGCAGGCCUUCCUCAAGGAGAGACAGGUGAAACGAGACCAGGUCCGCACCAAGCUGCAAGGCCCGUUCUUCCAUUGA